AUGGCUUCGGACUCAGAGCUUCGAACAUCCACCGGAAAGCAAACUUUGAUAACCCUAACUCCGGAAUUCACUUCGAAAGGAAAAGAGAAAGUUGAUGAUGAAAUCAACGGCGAAGUUGAAGGUGCUGCCAUGGAUUCUUCGAUAACCCUAACUCCGGAAUUCACUUCGAAAGGGAAAGAGAAAGUCGAUGAUGAAAUCAACGGCGAUGUUGAAGGUGCUGCCAUGGAUUCUGACUGGAAGACCUGCGGUAUCUGUUUGUGUGAGGGUGGGAAGGCUAUCAGAGGUUGGAUCGAUAGCUGUGAUCACUACUUCUGUUUCGUCUGCAUUAUGGAGUGGUCGAAAGUGGAAUCUCGUUGUCCCAUGUGCAAACAAAGAUUCAGUACCAUUCGUCGGCAGCCGGAAGAUGGGGUUUUUCUUCGUGAACGGAUCUUUGACAUCCCUUUUUGUGAUCAGGUACACCCAAGUGGGGAGAUGCAGAGCCAGUCAGUGGCUGUUGAGCAGCCAUCACGUAUGCGACAGUCUGAUACACCGCCUACUAGAGUGUCUGAUCCAUAUAUGACACAAGAGAACGCUGACUCUGAUGCUAGUUUGGGUGGAAUGGAUUCAGAUUCUGCUCCAAGAAUGAUCCGGAGGCGAGGAAGAGCAAGGGGCCUCAAAAUUGAGUCAUUGCCCCCUGGCCAGAAAGUGCAAGUCUCAGUAAAUGAGUAUGGUCAACCAUCCAGUGAGGAAACAGCCCAGUUAAUGACUUGGAUUGGGCUACUUGCACGGGAUACGUCGUUGCUGCCAUGCAAUUAUCCAGAUUGGAGGAAAAUGCCGAAGGAGUACAAAGAGAAUGCGUGGAACAAAAUUAUUGAGAAAUUUAGCAUUGAUGAUGAUUCUAAGAAGUGGGCAUUUUGUAAGUUGAAUGACCGCUGGAGGGACUUUAAGCGUGACUUGAAGAGAAAUAUAUAUGAUAGGUAUACCGUGCACCAAGACCGGGUUCUGAAUCGUGAUGAACGUGUUCCAAUGGAGCAGUGGUUAGAUCUCCUCCGCAUGUGGGAUUCUGAAAGUUGUAAGGCCAUGUGUCGGCGUAAUAAGAUUAACAGGUCCAAGCUACGUAUGAAACAUACAGCAGGGAAGAGAAGUUUCGCUCAAAUACGAGAGAUGAAGCGUAUGGAGCACCCAGAUGGAGUGCCUCCCUCUCGGAUGGAGCUUUUCUUUGAGACACAUCUUAAGAAGGAUGGAUCUGCUGUAGACAGCACAUCAGAGGAGAAAAUUGUAUGGUUAUUAACCUUUAAUGUUCCUUGUCUUGCUUUAUUUAUUCUCUUGCUUGAAGGAUAUGAUACAGAUGUUGAAACUCCUGAAUAG